AUGUAUCAUAUAUCUCCACGUAUAGCCGAUAAAAUCAAACAUUUCGCUCGAUUUCCUCAAACAGGCGUUUCUUUGAAACAAAUGGUGUUGUUUGGUCAAAAACCAUCACAGGCAACCAUGUUCAAAGCUAGUCAGUUUUUACAUGAGGAAUUACCUAUACGUUUAGCUCAUAGAGUCAAGGAAUUGGAUGAGAUCUUGUUUGCCGAUAUGCCAUCUAUUAUCAAAGUCAAGAACUGGUAUGCUCAAUCUUUCCAGGAAUUGAUUGAAUUACCUCCACCAAAAUUAUCUAGCAAGAUCAAGGAAGAAUUUAAACGAGGGGCCAAGAAAAGCAAAGAUUAUUUCGACAAUGUACCAAAUCAUGCCUAUCCACCUAGACAAAAUACUGCACAUCCUUACCCAAUUGGUCACAGAUACUACAACAAUAUAGAGCAUGUACAAUGUACUCCUGAAAUGACAAUGUAUACGGAAGAAUUAGUGAAAACGAUCGAAGGUAUCAAACGACGACAUGAUCCAGUGGUGACGACAAUGGCUCAAGGUAUUUUAGAAUAUAAGGAAAAACUAGGUUCCAAUCUAAUCGAUACGGAUGUACAACAAUUCUUGGAUCGAUUUUAUAUGUCACGUAUUGGGAUUCGUAUGUUGAUUGGCCAACAUUCAGCUCUGUAUCGAGGUCCCUUUUACAGGAAUGAUUAUGUGGGUGUGAUCUGUACAAAGACAAAUAUCAAAGAAGUCGCCAUGGAUGCUAUUGCCAAUGCUAGAUUCAUUUGUGAAGAACAUUAUGGAUUAUUCAAAGCCCCUGACGUACAAAUGUUUUGCCCUGGUGAUAUAGAAUUCAUGUAUGUGCCCUCUCAUCUCAAUCAUAUGAUUUUUGAACUUUUGAAGAAUUCUUUACGUGCUGUGGUGGAACGUUAUGGAUGUGAUUAUGAAGAUCUCUAUCCACCUAUCAAGUUGGUCAUUGCCCAUGGAAAAGAAGAUAUUACUAUCAAAAUUUCGGAUGAAGGUGGAGGUAUUCCAAGAUCAGCAAUUCCUAUGGUUUGGACUUAUAUGUAUACUACUGCCCAAGUACAAGAAUUAGAACCCGAGUUCAAUAAGACUGAAUUCAAAGCACCAAUGGCUGGUUUUGGUUAUGGAUUACCGACAUCAAGAUUGGUAAUAUAA